GCGCAAACUCCUGGCGCUCGGACGCAGCGGUGGUCGAUUCUGAGCAUCGAGCGGUUCGGCGAUGCCGAUGAGUGCCCUGCGAGCAGCAGCUCCACAAGUUGCUCGCCUGUCCUUUCUCUCGUCCGCUCGCGACCUUUUCUUCCCUUACGAGGCUCCGAGUCUCUGAGAGCCGAUCUCUCUCUCGCUCUUCUUCCUCUCUCUCCCUCUCUCUCUCUCCUUCCUUCCUUGCAGUAGGCGAGAUUUGGAGUGGCAGGCCCGUAGAGUGUAGGAGUGUAGGGUGCGUCGAGUACGACGAGCGACGAGAGUAGAGGUGUAGGCUGCGAGUCAGUGCUACGGGAUCUACUCGUCAUCAAAUACAGCGGGCAGUGGUGGCCAAGCUGAAGGUGGCCGGGGGGGAGUUUCAUCUUGCAUCUUUGAGUGCAUGCGCAAUCCGCUCGUCGCCCACGGAACGGAGAGUGAUAGAUAGAUAGAUAUAUUAGAAUCUUCCCGUCGUUUGCACAGCGGAGGUAUCUGUUCUUGUUCUCCCUGCAGCCAACACUGCCUUCGCACUCGGUACUACAUAUAGUGACUGGGGUUGGUGAGAGCGGUGUGUCCUCGUAGGACGGCAGGUCUCUUCUCUUCUCUUCCCCUCCCCUCCCUUCACUCAGACCCUUCUCUCGAUCUCCUUCUCAUCAACGAGGCGCUCGACGCAUGCUGGAGGUGCUCUCGUCGCCCUUCUUCUCGGCUGGACUUUAUGAGAUCGGGCAUGCAUUCUCCUCUUUCUCUCGGCGGAGUCGUUACAUUUCGCGGAUCGUAGCGACUCCAGCCCAAUUUCUGCACGCCUCGAUCAUUUGGAGUUUUGUAUAAGGUGGAUACUGGACGGUUCAAGGACGGAGUAUAGAUGAAGUGCGUCUGAGGUUGUCAGCGACCUUUGUUCAGCUUGAGUAUUUUCCUCGCCUUCUACGAUAGAAUCAGCUACGAGCGCUUGCGGUAGUGAGACUUGCGAAGUGUGCACAUGGCGAGUCUGCAGAUUGCUUCGAGAGCAGCGGGUUCACUGCUGCCCAUAUUUCAGUCGUCUCUGACGCCCAUCGGCUGCAGUCUGAGAGUGAGCCACACAUUUGCUGCGCAAAGGGAGGAUGGGAACUCGUCCGUGGAACCUGCGCUAUCUCUCUCCAUGCAGCAAGGAAAUAGUUGGGCCAAAUUUCCAGGGAUCAACCGGCUGCAGGACAAGGGCAGAUGUAGGGCCAGUCUCUUAAAAGCCGAGGCUCCACUGGAGACGCUUUCUACAAAUGGACUCACUGCAGCAGGAGCGGACGGCAUGGCAUCUGCCAUGCAAGGAUCAUUUGAGACAGACGCCUCCGUAGGCCGCGUAGAAUGUAAUAGUAGAGGGUGUCGGCCGAUCUACGACGACAACAACAGGACCCUCGUUGUGGGGCGAGAUGACGAAGAAGAAUUCAGCUCGCUUGAGACACGCGCUGCUGUGUAUGCGGCCAGGAGCCUCACCAAGGACAUGGAGAUCCGGCCCACUGUUAGCUUCCCCUUAGAUUUUGCGGAGUUUUUGAACGAAGUGUGGAUGGAGAAAACCACCGCAACCAAGUACUUCGAGAUUGCGCUGAAGAAGAGUCCGAACGAUGGAAAAAUUUUGCUUCAAUAUGCGCAGUUUGCAUGGAAGGUCCUCGGUGAUCUCGACAAGGCUGAUGAACUUUUCGCCCGGGCGCUGGAGGACGCCCCGAACGACGCCGAUGCUCAUGCGAUCUACGCCCUUUUCCUUUGGCAGACGGAUGAAUGAACGACGAUGUGUACAUAGUUUUUGAAUGAGUACGAUUCUUGUCUAAAGUGUAGCAUAAGUCAGAGCGAAUCUAUCUCGAUCGAUCUUGUGAUCGACCUACUCUCACCGGCUAACCGCCGGUUGUACAUUAUACAUGAAGUCCAUAUAUUCUGCAGCCAUCUAAAUGGCCUUCCAUAG